GCCACGAGAAAAAUGAUGGAAAAUGGACGGUGGCGUGUGUUCAUUAUUCCUCAGUUACCCUGAAUUAAACAAUAUCAAGGAUUAACCGAGUAAUUAAAAAAAUUUGUGAAUUUGUCCUAUGGAAAAUAGACCCCAAUAAUCAGCGUUUCAUCACCUGAAGUGCGACAAAUCCAACGUGAUUAAUUGGUGAAUUUGGUUAGAGGGAUAUUGUGUGGGUAAACUGGAGUCAGAUCGGAGCAAUAUGGCGAGUCCAUCGCCCCAGUCGUCUCCCAUGCCUCCACCCCAAGCACCGAGUCCAAUGGGACCACCUCAGCAAGCACCAUCACCAUCAAAUCCACAGGGAAGUCCUAUGGGACCUCCUCAGCAUCAUCCUCACAGUCCAACGCAGGGAUAUCCUGGUGGUGCACCAACUGGACCCCCAAUGCCACAGCCACCUCCACAGCAACCACCGCCCCAGCAGGCAAAUUAUCCACCACAUUCCCAGGGAAUGCCUGCUAAUAUGUCACAGUCGAUCUCCUGUGGAGUUGGUCCAGGAACGGGUCCAAUGGGUCCAGGGCAGAUGGGUCCAGGUGGAUCUCUUCCAAUGGGUGGUGGUCCAGCUCAGAUGGGCCCGGGUGGUAAUCAAAUGGGUCCCAAUCAGAUGCAGCAGAGCCAGCAGCAGCCCCAGAGUGUUCCUCCAAUGUCAGGUGUUCCUCACAUGUCAGGUCCACUCUCAGGAGGUCACAUGAACUCCUCGAUGCCGAGUCACAUGCCCCCAGGGCCUCAGAACAGUCACAUCCCCCCAGGGGGUCACAUUACUAACUCAUCAGCGGGGCACAUGAAUCCUGGGGGUCACAUGCCACCAGGAGGACCACCACCUCCUCCAAUGUCUCAGGGAGGACCAGGUGGUGGUCACAUGCCACCAGGACAGAUGAUGUCGAGUUCUGGAGGGAGUCAGAUGCCACCGAACUCGAGUAUGGGACAGAUGCCGAGGGGUCCAGGACCUCACAUGCCGCAGAACGAGAUGAUGCCUGGAGGACAGAUGCCUCAGGCUAAUCCCAAUAUUCAGGGGGGACCUCCAGGCUCCGGAGGGCACAUCCCUCCCAGCCAGAUGUCAGGGGGUCAGAUGAUGCCGUCUGGAGGAAGCCAGAUGCCUCCUGGAGGACCCCAGGGCCCACCAAUGAAUCAGGCGGGCCCUCACAUGCCUCCGAGUCAGAUGAUGCCUGUCUCAGAGUCUAAUCAGAUGUCAGGACCUCCGAUGCCUGGUAAUGGCAGUCAGAUGGGACCAGGGAUGGGUCAGAUGGCGAGUCAGAUGCCUCCGGCUACUCAAAAUCCACCCAUGCAGGGAGGAAUGGGACACAUGAGUGGCCCUCCAGCCUCAGGGCACAUGAACACAACGAUGCCCAGUCACAUGCCUCCUGGGGGGCCUCCUCCUAUGGCUCAAACCAGUCAGCCUCACAUUCCUGGGGGCCCUCCAGGCGCUGCUGCCUCUCACAUGCCUCCAGGCACUCCCAAUGCACAGAUUGGACCUAGUGGGCCCUCACCAAUGAGCCCCAAUAAUUCUACGACACAGGGGGCUCCUGCCACUGGGCCACCCAUGCCUCCCAAUUCUGGACAGGAGAAUCUCAAUGCACUGCAGAAGGCCAUUGACUCCAUGGAAGAGAAGGGCCUUCAGGAGGAUCCUCGUUACUCUCAACUGCUCGCUCUUAGGGCGAAACAGGGCAGUGGAAUGGGCGAGAGGCAGACCUUCAGCUCUCAGCAACUACAGCAACUUCGGGUACAGAUCAUGGCGUACAGAUUACUUGCCAGGAAUCAACCACUUUCACAACAGCUUGCUCUGGCUGUUCAAGGUGGAGCCCCUCCUCCCGGUAUGGGUCAACGCCCAAUCGACUCUUCUCAAGGUCCAGUUCCUUCUUCAGGUCCACAAAUGCCGGGUAUUGGACCGAGUCAGGUACGUCCAGGUAGUCAACCAGUUCAGAGUCAGCCGCAGCCACAGCAACAGCAGCAGCAGCAGCCGCAGCAGCCUAAUCAGAAUCAAAAUCAGCAGCAGCAGCAACAGCAGCAACAACAACAGAAUCAGCAACAGCAACAGCAGAAUCAGCAGCAGCCAGGGGCAAAGACAAAUCGAGUGACAAGUGUAUCAAAGCCAGCAGGUCUCGAUCCUCUGCUGAUCCUUCAGGAGCGUGAGAAUCGUGUUGCAGCGAGAAUUGCCCUGAGGAUGGAGCAGCUCAGUAAUCUUCCUACGAAUAUGCCUGAAGACUUGAGAAUCCAGGCGCAAAUAGAACUACGAAUGUUGAAGGUCCUGAAUUUCCAGCGUCAACUCAGAACGGAAAUUUUGGCGUGCACCAGGAAGGACACCACACUGGAGACAGCUGUUAACGUAAAAGCUUACAAAAGAACAAAGAGGCAGGGAUUGAGAGAGGCACGUGCCACGGAGAAGCUCGAGAAGCAGCAGAAGCUUGAGGCUGAGCGUAAACGUCGGCUCAAACACCAGGAGUUCCUCAGCUCUGUUCUUCAGCAUGGCAAGGAUUUCAAGGAGUUCCACAGGAACAACGUGGCAAAAUUGGCUCGUCUCAAUAAAGCAGUCCUCAAUUAUCAUGCCAACGCCGAGAGAGAGCAGAAGAAGGAGCAGGAGAGAAUUGAGAAGGAACGUAUGAGGCGCCUGAUGGCUGAGGAUGAAGAGGGAUACAGAAAACUCAUCGAUCAGAAGAAGGAUAAACGUCUGGCUUUCCUGUUGUCCCAGACUGACGAGUACAUAUGCAAUCUCACGGAGAUGGUGAAACAACAUAAAAUGGAGCAGAAGAAAAAGCAGGUGGAGGAGCAGAAGAGAAAGAAACAGAAGAAGAAGAAGCUGCAGGAUGGAGAGACCGGUGAGGAUGGCAACCAGGUGGAUCACAGGGUGAGUGUCAUUGAAGUGAACACUGGUAGGACUUUAACUGGGGAGGAAGCACCUCUCAUGAGUCAGUUGAAUGCCUGGCUGGAGGCUCAUCCUGGGUGGGAGGCUGUCGAGUCUGACAGCGAGGAGGAUGAUGAUGACGACGAGGACAACGACGAACGAUCAGAGAGCAAGGAUAAGUCUAAGGAGGGUGCUGAUGAUGCCCACCACACCAUCGCCAAGGCCAAAGUCGAGGACGACGAGUACAAGACUGAGGAGCAGACUUAUUACAGCAUUGCUCACACUGUUCAUGAAGUCGUUACAGAGCAGGCGUCAAUUAUGGUUAAUGGAAACCUCAAGGAGUACCAGAUCAAGGGUCUCGAGUGGCUUGUAUCUCUCUUCAAUAACAACUUGAAUGGAAUUCUCGCUGAUGAGAUGGGACUUGGCAAGACCAUCCAGACAAUUGCCCUUGUCACUUAUCUCAUGGAGAAGAAAAAGGUCAAUGGGCCCUUUUUGAUUAUUGUUCCUCUGUCGACAUUAUCAAAUUGGGUCCUUGAGUUUGAGAAGUGGGCGCCGAGUGUUGUCGUUGUCUCGUACAAGGGAUCACCAGCUGGUAGGCGAGCCAUUCAGUCCCAGAUGAGGGCAACUAAGUUCAAUGUCCUGUUAACUACGUACGAGUACGUAAUCAAGGAUAAGGGGGUCCUCGCAAAACUCCAGUGGAAGUACAUGAUCAUCGAUGAGGGUCACAGAAUGAAGAAUCAUCACUGCAAGCUCACGCAGGUGUUGAAUACUCAUUAUCUCGCACCUCAUAGGCUUCUGCUCACUGGAACACCUCUGCAGAAUAAAUUGCCAGAGCUCUGGGCUCUUCUCAAUUUCCUCCUGCCAUCGAUAUUCAAGUCGUGCAGCACUUUUGAGCAAUGGUUCAAUGCACCUUUUGCCACUACUGGAGAGAAGGUCGAGCUGAAUGAGGAGGAGACGAUUCUUAUUAUUCGUCGUUUGCAUAAGGUUCUUCGGCCGUUCUUGUUGAGACGUUUGAAGAAGGAGGUAGAGUCACAGCUUCCUGACAAGGUCGAGUAUAUCAUCAAGUGUGAUAUGUCUGGACUGCAGAAGGUACUUUAUAAACACAUGCAGAGCAAGGGAGUUCUCCUGACUGAUGGCUCAGAAAAGGGUAAACAAGGAAAAGGAGGUGCCAAGGCUCUUAUGAAUACUAUUGUGCAGUUGAGAAAACUCUGCAAUCAUCCCUUUAUGUUCCAAGCCAUCGAGGAGAAAUAUUGCGAACACAUUGGGGUCCAGGGCUCGGGGGUAGUCACUGGGCCUGACCUCUACAGGGCAUCAGGAAAAUUCGAGCUCUUGGACAGAAUUUUACCGAAGCUCAAGGCCACUAAUCACAGGGUUCUCCUCUUCUGUCAGAUGACUCAAUUGAUGACGAUUAUGGAGGAUUAUCUCAGCUGGCGAGGCUUCAAAUAUCUCAGGCUCGAUGGAACAACCAAAGCUGAGGAUCGAGGGGAUCUCCUGAAGAAGUUCAAUGAUCCAGGGUCUGAUUACUUCCUCUUUCUUCUGUCCACGAGGGCUGGAGGAUUGGGACUGAAUCUCCAGGCUGCUGACACUGUCGUCAUCUUCGACUCUGACUGGAAUCCUCAUCAGGAUCUUCAGGCCCAGGACAGAGCCCACAGAAUUGGCCAGAAGAACGAGGUCAGAGUUCUCAGGCUUAUGACAGUUAAUUCUGUAGAGGAAAGAAUUCUCGCUGCUGCCAGGUACAAGUUAAAUAUGGAUGAGAAGGUCAUUCAGGCUGGAAUGUUCGAUCAGAAAUCGACAGGUUCUGAGAGACAGCAGUUCCUCCAGAGUAUUCUCCAUCAGGACGAUGCAGAUGAUGAAGAGGAGAGCGAAGUGCCUGAUGAUGAUGUCGUUAACAGGAUGAUUGCCAGGAGUGAAGGAGAGUUUGAGAAAUUCCAGAAGCUUGAUCUCGAGAGGAGGAGAGAAGAGGCAAAACUGGGGCCUGACAGGAAGCCUAGACUUCUCGAAGAGACUGAACUCCCUGACUGGCUCGUCAAGGAUGACGAUGAGGUCGAGAGGUGGACCUACGAGGAGGACGAGGAUGCAUUCCUUGGGAGGGGCUCGAGACAGAGGAAAGAGGUCGAUUAUACUGACAGUCUCACUGAAAAAGAGUGGCUCAAGGCCAUCGAUGAUGAUGGAAUUGAAUACGAGGAGGAGGAGGAGGACGACAAGAGAAAGAAGAAGACGAGAAAACGUAAGAAGAAGGGCGAGGAGGACGAUGAGCCUACACCGAAAAAGAGAAGGGGUGGUACUGCUGAUGUCAAGAUGAGAAAGGCUAUGAAGAAGCUACUGAGGAUUGUUGUUAAUUACACAGAAGGAACGGAUGGCAGGACUCUUAGUCAGCCCUUCAUGAAGUUGCCAUCCAGGAGGGAACUUCCUGAUUAUUACGAUGUCAUUAAGAAACCUUUGACUAUUAAUAAACUCAUGCAGAAGGUCGAGGAGGGCAAGUACUCGGAGAUGGAUGAACUCGAGAAGGAUUUCCUCCAGUUGUGCAAGAACGCACAGAUUUAUAAUGAGGAAACAUCACUCAUUUAUGAGGAUUCUAUGGUAUUGCAGAAUGUUUUCGUCGAGGCAAGGCAGAGGCUCGAGAAGGAUGGCAAUAUGUCCGAUGAUGAUGGUGAUGAUGCGGGAUCCGAUGGCGACAGUGUUAGAAUGAAAAUCAAGCUUAAGGGGAGAAAAAGCGAAGGGAGAGGUGCUGGCAGGAGGAAACGAGUCACUAAAAAAUACAUCUCUGAGUCAGACGAUGCUGAUGACAACUAAUUAAUUUUCUCUUAAUUAUUAUUCUUUCGGGUUUUUAUUAUUAUUUUAAUUAUUCGUACGAAAUCGCAGGGGAUAGCUCUCGAAUGACAGCUUUUCUAUUGUACAGUGUCGAUGACUGAAUUCAAGUUGUCUAGAUUUUUUUUGGCUUCUUCAGGGAGUUCUGGGGAUCAGUGGAAUUUCGGGGGAGGAGAGUGAAUGAAUUUUUGAUGAUUGAAGCGAUUGAUUUCAGGUUUUUUUCCAUUUGGGGAGCAGUUUUGAAAUUUGAUCAAUUCAAUUGGUGAAUAAUUUUGAGUUCUGACGGUAUCGAUUUAUUAUGAAAGGUGUUUCAGAUAAUGUAAGGUAGUCAGUGUAUUGUAGUUUAUACUAUUAUAUUCUACGCGUAAGGAAUUUAAUUUGGAAAAUAAAACAUGAGUAAUUAUGGAAAUAUA